CCGCCAGGGGGCAUCGCCGCCUCCUCCAGGGCGGAGGAGCCGGGGCUGAGCCGGGGACCCUGCCCGGGCCUGGAGGGCCUUGUACGGGGGCGUGGGUUGGCCCCGGGUCCUGCUGAGGAGGCCUCGCACUAGCUCCAAGCCACAUUUCCUCCGGUGGAAGAAGGACUGACAAGGCUGGGGAGAUGGACGAGCCCAAGCUCUACAGAUCUGUCAUUGAAGAUGUGAUUGAAGGGGUCCGUGAGCUAUUUAUAGAAGAGGGGAUAGAAGAACAAGUUCUAAAAGACUUGAAGCAGCUGUGGGAGACAAAGGUGAUGCAGUCUAAGGCAACAGAAGGUUUCUUCAGAAAUAGCCAUCCGGGUCCCCUCUUCACUCUUCAGUUGCCGCAUAAUUUGCACCAAACAAUACAGACGUCAACAGCAUCUUUGGUUAUCCCUGCUGGGAGAACUAUUCCAAAUUUCACUACUACAGAACUGGUCACCUCAAAUUCCAGUGCAAAUUAUAGCCUUCCUUCUGGUAUUGGUUAUCCCAUUCAUGUACCAGCAGGAGUGACUCUGCAAACAGCAUCUGGACAUCUUUAUAAAGUGAAUGUGCCUGUUAUGGUAACACAGACCCCUGGAGGAGCAAGUAUCCUUCAGCAUCCAAUUCAACAGAUAUUUCAGCAGCUUGGGCAACCUUCCAUAAUACAGACCAGUGUUACACAGCUGAACCCAUCCUCUGUUCAGGCAGCUACCGAGAAAUCACAGAGACUGGAAACUAUACUCUCACAGCCCACGGUUCUUCAUCCUGGGCCAGUGGAAAGAAAGCAGUUAGAGAACUUGGCCACCAAUGAGACUCUUGCACGGCCACCUGUGGGAAAUGAACACAAAACCACACCUGAGCUUCUGUUAAGUCAACAGCCUAUUUCUUUGGAAAGUCCCCGGUAUAUGAAUCUCCCAGGUGCUGUAUUUACUCCACAGGCCUCUCAAACAGAUUCUAAUGGGGGGCCAGUGGUCAGUGUUUCAGGUAGCAUGACUCAAACUCUGGAUGGCAAACGACUUUCCUCGGGCCCUCGGCACUCUUUUCACCAGCAGUCUGAUGUGGAGGUGCUUAUUUUCAAGAACAGGAUGGGUGAAAAUGGUGCCCUAAAGCAUCCUCGAAGCCUAGAAGAGCCUUGCGGUCUCCCUGCCUUAGAAGAGGAAUCCAGUGCACAAAUGGAUUUGAGUAUACAAACAAUUGAUGACAUUAAAGAAAUUAUCCAAAUAGAUGGAACUGGAGAUACAUCUUCAAAUGAAGAAAUAGGGAGUACAAGAGAUGUGGAUGAGAAUGAAUUUCUUGGUAUUAUUGAUGCAGAAGAUCUGAAAGUUCUUGAAGAAGAAGGUGAUAGCAUCUCAAAUGAAGAUUCAACCACCAAUAGCAGUGAUAAUGAAGAGCCCCAAAUAGACAUUGUAGAGGAGGACCCUUUAAAUUCUGGGGAUGAUGUUAGUGAGCAGGAUGUGCCAGACCUGUUUGACACGGAUAAUGUAAUAGUCUGUCAAUAUGACAAGAAACAGCAAGAAUGCAGAAAACUGCACUCCUUCACAGUCACUCACAGGCUGCAACCUUCUGACACCUAUUUCCACAAGCAAACUUUAGAUCCUUUUCAAGAUUCAUCGAAGCAAAAACAAAUGGAAAUUUUACUUGAAAGAUGGUGUCAUGUGCUUUGGAGGGAAAGACUAUGUGUUUGCCAAAGCCAUUGGAGAUGCAGAGUGGUAAAUCUUGUGUGCUCUGUUCAUCAGCAUUUUAUGUCUAUGUAGACAUCAGUGAGAGUAUACUAAAUAUUCUGAAUUUUUUUUUGUUUUAAAUAAAAUAGUUUACCAAACAUGCUAAUGUAUAAAAUUAGAAGAACCUGUGUGUUUACAUUGCAGAGACAUGGCAAAAGUACAAUUCUUUUUUUCCUUGGUUUGUUCCCAUGAGUUAACUGAAUCUUCCCAUUGUCUGUAUUCUCUAAAAUAUAGGUAUUUAGCUUUAUUUGAUUUCUAAAGUGAUGAUGAUUGUCAGUAAUUAUUCCAGAAACAAUAGUACAACAGGAAGGAUGCUCUAGUUUUUCAUUAUUUUAAGUCAUUUCUGGUUUCUUCUGCUUGCUAAAAAAAAUAGGUGAAAUUAUUUUGUAGAAUGGCAUAUUGUAGGUGUAUGCCUAUUAAGUCGGUAAUUAGUGAUUUGUCUUUUUUUUGUUUAAGAAGAAGCAAGCAUGAGGAAAUUGAGAAAGUUGCCGUGGUAAUGUUCAAAGUGAAAUAGCAUGUAUUUCUCUUAAGAAGGGUUAAUGCUCUUGCUCUCGACAUUUUGACUAGGUUGGAUUGCAUGUAGUGAAAUUGGUGAAGUGGGAACAUGCGGGAUUGUGAUAAAGCUAUUGAAGCAAUUCAGAAAAAAUUCUGGAAUUUAGAAUUUUUCCAGGUUCUACAUUUGGAAUUCAAAUGAUAAUUUUUUGACCACAUCUGACAUUUUAUAAAAUACUGAACUUUUGAAGAAAAAAUAAAGCCAUUUGUUUGUUCUCAUGUAA